UUGACCAUUAGUUUGGUUUGAACCAAAUUUUGAGUCUGAUUCGGUAAAAUACUCGUGAUCACACAAUUGACCAUACCUGACACGAGUAGUAACAGAUUUCAACACUCUUCACUUCUAACUAACCCCUUACUGAAAAAGGGUCUACUAUAUUUUCCUUCACUUUCUCAAGAAAAUAAAAACUUUCCCGACUGAAGACAGACAGUAAAAACUAUGGGGGACCCUCUCGAGAGAUUGGGAUCGGAUACGGCCAUGGCCGGACUCGAGUCAAGCAUGAAGGAGGAGUUAUGCAUGGAGAUCGACCCUCCGUUCAGAGAGAACUCUGCCUCCGCCGAGGAUUGGCGUAGGGCUCUCAGCAAGGUGGUCCCCGCCGUCGUUGUGCUGCGUACAACUGCUUGUCGCGCGUUUGAUACUGAGUCCGCCGGUGCUAGUUACGCCACCGGUUUUGUCGUCGACAAACGCCGUGGAAUUAUUCUCACUAAUCGACAUGUCGUCAAGCCUGGACCUGUAGUUGCUGAGGCAAUGUUUCUAAAUCGUGAAGAAAUCCCCAUUUAUCCGAUAUAUCGUGAUCCUGUUCAUGAUUUCGGCUUCUUCCGCUAUGACCCUAGCGCUAUCCAAUUUUUGAAUUAUGAGGAGAUUCCUCUUGCCCCUGAAGCUGCUUGUGUUGGACUGGAAAUCAGGGUUGUUGGCAAUGACAGUGGUGAGAAGGUUUCCAUCCUGGCUGGUACUCUUGCUCGUUUAGAUAGAGAUGCACCUCAUUACAAAAAGGAUGGGUAUAAUGACUUCAAUACAUUUUACAUGCAAGCUGCAUCUGGGACUAAGGGUGGCUCAAGUGGUUCCCCAGUGAUCGAUUGGCAAGGAAGGGCUGUAGCCUUGAAUGCUGGCAGCAAGUCCUCAAGUGCUUCUGCCUUUUUCUUACCCUUAGAACGAGUUGUUAGGUCACUUGAAUUUCUUCAGAAGGGAAGAGAUUCUUAUACAAGUAAUUGGGAAUCAGUUCCAAUAACUCGUGGUACGCUUCAGGCAACAUUUCUUCAUAAAGGAUUUGAUGAGACACGCCGGCUUGGUCUUCAAAGUGAAACCGAGCAGCUGGUACGGCUUGCAUCUCCACCAACAGAAACUGGAAUGCUGGUUGUGGAUUCUGUGGUGCCAGGUGGUCCAGCUUAUAAACAGUUAGAACCAGGCGAUGUGCUUGUUCGUGUGAAUGGAGAAGUAACUACACAAUUUCUGGAAAUGGAGAGUUUACUUGACGACAGUGUUGACAAGAAGAUUGAGUUACAGAUUGAAAGGGGUGGCAUGUCUUUGACUGUAAAUUUAGUGGUUCAAGAUUUACACUCGAUAACUCCUGACUAUUUCUUGGAAGUAAGUGGGGCAGUUAUACAUCCUCUUUCGUAUCAACAGGCUAGAAAUUUUCGCUUUCAGUGUGGUCUGGUGUACGUUUCAGAACCCGGAUAUAUGCUUUUUAGAGCUGGAGUUCCUCGCCAUGCAAUCAUUAAGAAGUUUGCUGGAGAAGAGAUAUCACGAGUUGAUGAACUAAUUUGUGUCCUAUCCAAGCUGGCAAAGGGUGCUAGGGUCCCAUUGGAAUAUGUAAGCUACACUGAUCGUCAUCGAAGAAAGUCUGUCUUGGUUACGGUUGAUCGCCAUGAAUGGUAUGCCCCUCCAAAGAUAUACACUCGCGAUGACAGCUCCGGUUUGUGGACAACAAAACCUGCUAUUCAACCCAAAUGUAUGCUACAGUCAUCUCAGGUUAAUGAUAUUGAACAAGGCUUAACUGGUCAAACUGUUCCAUUGAGUGGGGAGGCUACUCAUAUCGAGCAUGUAAAUGAAGGCGGCCAAUCUGAUUUGACUGAUGAUGUUUCCAGUAUGGAAACCAGUUAUGAACUGUUUUCUGGGGAGCCAAAUCUACAGGAUGAAUCUGAUGUUGGAACAAAAAAAAGAAGGGUGUCUGAUUUGUCUGUCAAUGGCAUUACAGUUGCUGAUUGUUCAUUACGGCAUGAAAGUGGAGAAGUAAAGCUGGAGGAUCCACAUUCUGUAGAAACUGAUGUUUUAAGAGAUCAUCAAGGUGCAACAGCUGCAACAGCUAAUGCUUCAUUUGCUGAAAGUGUGAUAGAGCCCACUCUUGUUAUGUUUGAGGUUCAUAUUCCACCAACAAUUAUGCUUGAUGGCGUCCAUUCACAGCACUUCUUUGGGACUGGCUUUAUUGUCUAUCAUUCUCAAGAAAUGGGAUUGGUUGCGGUAGACAGGAAUACUGUUGCAAUAUCUGCCUCUGAUGUUAUGCUGUCCUUUGCUGCUUUUCCAAUUGAAAUUCCAGGAGAGGUGGUUUUUCUCCAUCCAGUUCACAAUUAUGCUCUAGUAUCUUAUAAUCCCUCAGCUCUUGGAGCUGUUGGUGCUUCAAUGGUUCGAGCUGCUGAAUUGCUUCCUGAGCCGGCAUUACAUCGUGGAGACUCCGUCUAUCUUGUUGGAUUAAGUAGAAGCCUGCAAGCAACAUCUAGGAAAUCCAUAGUGACCAAUCCUUGUGCAGCUCUGAAUAUUGGAUCAGCCGACUCUCCACGUUAUAGAGCAACAAAUAUGGAAGUCAUUGAACUUGAUACCGAUUUUGGAAGUACAUUUUCUGGUGUGCUUACUGAUGAGCAUGGAAGAGUUAAAGCUAUGUGGGGAAGCUUUUCAACUCAGUUGAAAUAUGGCUGCAAUACCUCGGAAGACCAUCAAUUUGUUAGAGGUAUCCCUAUUUACACUAUCAGCCAAGUCCUUGACAAAAUUGUGCAUGGUGCAAAUGGACUACCUCUUCUGAUUAAUGGUGUCAGCCGGCCAAUGCCACUUGUCAGGAUUUUGGAGGUUGAGCUUUAUCCUACUUUGCUUUCAAAAGCGAGAAGCUUUGGUCUGAGUGAUCAUUGGGUCAAAGCUCUUGUUAAGAAAGAUCCAAUUAGACGACAAGUUUUACGUGUUAAAGGUUGUUUGGCCGGAUCAAAAGCUGAAAAUCUAUUAGAGCAGGGGGAUAUGGUCUUGGCAGUAAAUAAAGAGCCUGUCACUUGCUUCAGAGAUAUAGAAUAUGCUUGCCAAGCUUUAGACAAGAGUGUUACCAAUGACGAGAAAUUGAACAUGACCAUUUUUCGACAGGGGCAAGAAAUGGAUCUUCUUGUUGGAACAGAUGUAAGGCAUGGGAACGGUACGACACGUGUGAUAAAUUGGUGUGGUUGCAUUAUUCAGGAUCCUCACUCAGCAGUACGGGCUCUUGGAUUUCUUCCUGAAGAAGGUCACGGAGUGUACGUGGCCAGGUGGUGUCAUGGGAGUCCUGUACAUAGAUAUGGUUUAUAUGCUCUCCAGUGGAUAGUUGAAAUUAAUGGGAAAGCAGUACCUGAUUUAGAUGCCUUCAUUAAUGUCGCAAAGGAACUGGGGCAUGGGGAGUUUGUCCGCAUAAAGACUGUCCACUUAAAUGGGAAACCUCGAGUAUUGACAUUGAAGCAGGAUCUUCAUUAUUGGCCUACAUGGGAACUGAGAUUUGACCCCAGCAAUGCGACGUGGACUAGACAAACAAUAAAAGCAUUGAACUCGGUUCUAUCUGAAUAAGGAUUCUGUUAAUGUACACAUACUGUAGGAAUAAACAGCAAUAGUUGAACAGGUAUGCCGAGUUAGGUGAUUUUUUUGGUCUCAGAUUUAUAGUUCACUUUUUUCUGUUUACUAGUUCUAUUAUUUGUUGUACCAUGACUUUUUAUCACAAGAAAUGCAAAUGAAAUACAUGUUGGCGAAAUAAUUAGAUGGGGAAGAUCAAUUUUUUUA